UUGGGUAAGAUUCUGGGUCUGGGGUACUGAUUUUUUAAAUCCCCUUUAAUUUCCUAAGGUCCUGCAUUUUUUUAGUGGGCUGCAUUGUUAUUCUUCCACUGUGGGUCCUGGGUGGGAAAUUUUUGAUUCGCUGUAAGAACAUUUUGACCAGGUGAAUGUUCACAUUCCUAGGACCAUAACUCUUUCUUCCCCUGAGAAGAGGGAAAAGGGAAAUUAUGAAUAUCUUUUUUACAUUGCUCUAUCUUGCAUUGAAGUCCUUUUAGGGAAGGGUACUCAGGCUGGUAGUGAGUGAGCUCUCGGGACAAUUCCCAAGAGGCAGGGUUAUAAGGAGGUGGACAACAUGGAUAGGAGAAGGGUCUGUGAUGGCAGCUGCUUUUUCCUGUUUUUGGUCCUUUCAUUAUUCUUCUAUUUUAACAUUAAACCUAGGGGAUAAUUAGGGGGAAUAUUAUUGUUGCUAUGUUUAUCCUUUUUUCCCCUUACCUUACUUGGGAUAUUUCCCAUUUUGGGGGGCAAGGCUCAAUUUUCCUUAUCAGAAGUGUCACAUCUUUUGGGGUGAAGCUCAGUUUCUCUUACUGGAAAUGUCUCACCUUUUUUAACUUCCUUGGACACCCUGACCAAGGAAUACUUCACCACCUCCCCAUGGCUUCUUUUACCUUGGUAUGUCCCAACCAAGGAAUCACCGUCACCCCCCCCCAAUGGCUUCUCUUAUCUUGGUUUGUCCCAACAACCAAGGAAAUACUUUGCCAGCUCCCAGGCAUUUCCUUCCUUUGUCUAUGCACAGAUUUCCAUGGUCACCGCAGUAUGUGAGAAUCCUUUACCCCACGUUGCCAGCCGGCUUCUUUUGGCAUUGCUGAGACUACAGGCUUAUUCCUUGCACCAGGUGGUUCCUGACUUCUCACUUAUGAGGCCCCCACAGUGAGACACUGGGGAUGCUCUGCUCUUCCUCACGAGAGAGAACCAGAGAUCACCCUGGAGUGGAAUGGGUCCCUAUACAAACCAACAAAUUGUUAUAUGUAAAAUUUUCAGUGCCAUAAAAGAAGUAGCACUUGAAUAUAAAUUUCUUCAGCAAGGCAAUUUACUUCUAUAGAAGGGUGUGGCUCACAGAUGGAACAAUGGUUUAUGGAACUGUCUUCCAUAUGAACCGUGGAAAUCCGUUCAAUCUAAAGGCUCUGGUGGACAAGUGGCCUGAUUUUAAUACAGUGGUUGUCUGCCCUCGGGAGCAGGAUAUGACAGAUGACCUUGAUCACUAUACCAAUAGUUACCAAAUCUACUCCAAAGACCCCCAAAACUGUCAGGAAUUCCUUGGAUCACCAGAACUCAUCAACUGGAAGCAGCAUUUACAGAUUCAAAGUUCACAGCCUAGCCUGAAUGAGGCUAUACAAAAUCUUGCAGCCAUUAAGGCCUUCAAAGUCAAACAAACACAAUGCAUCCUCUAUAUGCCGUUUGAAAUAGCCAAGAAUCUGGCUCCUUUCCUGCUGGAAUCAAAGAAUAUAUCGCCCAGUGGUGUCAAAACCAAGACCAUCAACCAAGAGAUGUUUAAACUCUCAUCCAUGGAUGUUACCCAUGCUGACUUGGUGAAUAAAUUCUGGUAUUUUGGUGGUAAUGAGAGGAGCCAGAGAUUCAUUGAGCGCUGCAUUCAGACCUUUCCCAGCUCCUGUCUCCUGGGGCCUGAGGGGACCCCUGUGUGCUGGAGUCUAAUGGACCACACUGGAGAGAUGAGAAUGGCAGGAACCUUGCCUGAAUACCGGCAGCAGGGCUUUGUGACUUAUGUCAUCUAUUCCCAGUGCCAGAACUUGAUCAAACUUGGCUUUCCCAUCUAUUCUCACGUAGACUACAGAAACGAAGCUAUGCAAAGAAUGAGUUACAACCUGCAGCAUAUUCCCAUUCCCAGAAGCUGGAACCAGUGGAACUGUGUGCCUCUGUGAUGCCAGCCCUGAACAUAAAACAGCGUUGGGCAGCCCUGGGAAUAUAACUGGAGGAGUGAAUACUGGGUGAAAAGAAAGAAUAGACUGUAAUCAGCAGAAAAGGAGUAGGCACUGUUUGGGCUCUGGGGAAGCAGUGUAAUGGUCUACAGGAUCACCGUGGUCCCUGCACUCACAGGUUCUCAGUAGGAAGCAGGCCCAGGUCCUCUUACAUUGGACCUGUGUAAUGUAGCUCCCCACACUUCCAGGGCCUCGAUGACACUUCAUCUGAUACAUAUUGCUCCAAAUUACUUCUCCUUGAAUCCCUAGUUCCUCAGUUUCAAGACCCUUGCCAGUUUUUCUGGGAGCUAGGAAGAAGUGAAUAAUAUUUUCUGAGCACGAUGACUUACUUCUUUCCAUUUCUAAAGCCUUUCCGUUACGAUCAACAGGUGGCCUCUCCUCAAUAGUCUUUAGAGAUUAUCCUCUCCUGUUACUGCUACUUUAUAGGUACAUUAAAUAUACUAGUCACAAAUAUAUAUGGGAUAUUAGGCUAAAUACAAUAUAUAUGAUAUAGCAGGGAAUGUUAUUAGAAGAAAUACCAACUGAUGAUAUCCUAUCCUAUAACAGCUCCUACUCCAGGAAAAAAGAUCCAGUGUUGUUUCUAAGGAUGAGCUUCCAAAAUCCACCACAACUCCUAAACAAUAAAGAAAGUUUUGUGUUUGACUGUAUAUAAUUUUGAUUGUGUUUGCUCAAGUCAAGUGGUUCAUCAUGGUGACAGCAUAAAAGGAAUGAGUGUAUGAAAACAGGAAGGUGGGAGCACCUUGACCCAGGGAUUGGAAUAUUUAUUGAGGAGAGAGAGGAGUUGAGGAGAGAAGAGACAGCAUGAAUUCCUGCAUGUCCAAUUAUCCUCAGCACAUUACUCAUCUUAGUUUGUCCUGCUGUAACCAAAGACCUGAGACUGGGUAAUUUAUAAAUAACAGUGUCUGAACUUAAUUAUUGAUUUGAAAUAAUUAUAAAAUAAUUAAAAAUUUAUUUAUCA